AUGCCGAAUGAGAGCAGUGGAUCAUCAGGCUUUUGUGACUAUUUCUGGAGCCUGUCUAUCAGGUUUCUGUGGGCAGCUGAGGGGCAGGCUGAGGUGUUGAGAGUGAACAGCCCCAGUGGGAGUCAGGUUGCACUGGAGAGUGAUUUGCUCACUAAAGUGGAUUUUACAAAGAUAAAAGUGAAGGUCAGACAUCAUGGGAUUGCUCAGGAUCUGCUUGCUUUCGAUAUCUUUAAUGUUGUUCUUCUCUUUUUACAGGGGACUACCAUGGCUGGAUCAGAGACCAAAGCAGAGCCAACAACAGACUUAUCCCUCCAUCCUGCAUUAGUGGUGAUGGAGGGAGAGAUGCAAACUAUGACUGAAAGCCAAUAUAAAUGUCUUGACCUCCUAAGCAGAGAAAUGCCGCCCACAAGAACAGGUCUGUACUGCAACCGAACCUGGGACGGUUGGCUCUGUUGGGACGAAACCCCAGCCGGGACUUAUGCUGCCCAGAGCUGUCCAGACUACCCAGGUUUCGACACCUUGGAAAAAGUGACAAGGUUUUGUGAUGAAUCUGGUAAUUGGCUUCAGAGCCCCUUCAUCAAUAAGACCUGGUCUCCCUGUCUAGCCCACUCAAAGGACAAAUUAAAGAAACCGCAAGUUCAUGGAUUCAGUGAAGCGGAGGAAGACCCCACAGUGGAAACUCUCAUCAGCCCUGUGGUGACUCAGAGGCUGGAAGAGAGGAAAAGAAUAAUUGAUGGCCAAUAUAAAUGCUUUGAGAAAAUGAACAGAGACCUGCCAUAUAACAAAUCAGGGCCAUACUGUAACCGGACCUGGGACGGGUGGCUAUGCUGGGACGACACCCCAGCGGGAACAUACACGUUUCAGAACUGUCCCAACUAUUUCCCUGACUUUGACUCCACAGAGAAGGUCACAAAGUAUUGUGACGAGAAUGGAAAUUGGUUCCGGCACCCUGAAACAAACAGGACAUGGUCCAACUACACCCUUUGCAUUGCCUACACAAAGGAUAAGCUAAAGAUGGCAUUCAUCUUGUACUACAUGGCCAUUGUGGGUCACGCUUUGUCCAUAGCGUCCCUUCUGAUCUCUCUAGCUAUAUUCUUUUACUUCAGAAGUCUGAGCUGCCAGAGGAUAACACUCCAUAAGAACCUCUUCUGCUCCUAUGUGCUGAACUCAGCCUUCACUAUUGUCAACCUUAUUGCUGUGGUCAAUAACCCUAAGGUGGUGGAGAGGAAUCCUGUUGGCUGCAAGGUACUCCACUUUUUCCACAUGUACAUGCUGGGUUGUAACUAUUUCUGGAUGUUGUGUGAGGGGAUCUACCUGCACACACUUAUCGUGGUUGCUGUAUUUGCUGAGGAGCAGCAUCUGCACUGGUAUUACCUCCUAGGCUGGGGAUUUCCCUUGGUGCCUGCGUCUAUCCAUGCUGUGGCAAGGAAAAAGUAUUUCGAUGACAACUGUUGGAUGAGUGUAGACACCCAUCUGCUCUACGUGGUUCACGGUCCCAUCGUUGCCGCGUUGUUGGUGAAUCUGUUCUUUCUGCUAAACAUAGUGAGGGUGCUGGUGACCAAGCUGAGGGAUACUCACCGAGCUGAGUCCAAUAUGUACAUGAAAGCAGUGAGAGCCACCCUCAUCCUGGUGCCUUUACUGGGCAUCCAGUUCGUCAUCUUCCCUUGGCGGCCGGAGAGUCGUUUGGCUGGAGAGAUCUAUGACUACAUCAUGCACAUACUAAUGCAUUACCAGGGAUUGCUGGUGGCCACAAUAUUCUGCUUUUUCAAUGGAGAGGUUCAGGCAGCCCUAAAGAGGCAGUGGAUGCAAUACAAGGCACAGUGGGGCCAACGACGGCGUGAGCACUGCUCCAUGAGAUCUACAUCUUACACCGCCACCUCCAUCACCGAGGUACCAGCUUUCAUGUACCACCAUGACUGCAACAGCGAACAGCUGAACGGCAAGCAGGUGGAGGACUCGGAGCUAGUGGCUCUCAAGGCGGGAGAGGCGUGUGCCUGA